AUGAUCGAAUCGAAGAGUUAUAUUCUCAAUAAACUUCAAGAAGGUGCAUCUUUCAUCAAAUUCAACUCGGAUGGAUCUCGGACUGAAGGAUUUUUCUAUGUUUGCCCGAAACUGAACAGUCUAUGGUAUAAUACAUCGAAAAAACGCUUUCAAAACUCGGCGAACGAAUUUCCGUUGAAAGAUUGUCAAGUGCGACCUGAUCUUAGAUCAGAUACCUGGUUGAAAGUACUUCAAUUGGGCAAAGUACGAGAACAACAGAGUGAUUUAGCUUUUUCGAUUUUACACAGUCGUGGUCGAAAAAGUCUAGAUCUCCUCGCAAGUGACACGGAAACCCGUAACAUUUGGGUGCGCGGUCUGGAAAUGUUAAUUCAAGAAAGUAUUGGAAAGCCCUACACAAAAAUUACCAAUAGUUGGCUCAAAGGGCUUUUCAACACGGCCGAUCGCGAUCGAAAUAACCUUCUUUGUAAAGCUGAAGUUUACCGUCUAUUGGAACAAUUGAAUGUGCGUCUAACAACGGAUGAGUUCGAACAAUACCUUAAUCAAGCUGGUUUGAAUGCCGCUAUCCUUCGCGGACAGCUUCGUGCGCAAGAAUUCAUUACGUUUUAUCAAAUGUUAACGUAUCGGCCAGAAUUGAUGCAUAUUAUUCACACCUACAGUGAAUCCUGCGAUCUUUGCACUUGUAACGGUCAUCCGACAAUAGCAAUGAUUUGUUCUGCAGUGACUCCUGUUAUGGAUUCAUCGUUUAUACUUAUGAAUGCAUUCGGACCUCGGACGACGACUACGGCGUUCAGUGGCAUCCCGCCGACGGCAAGACCGAAUACUUGCAAUUAUAUGACGAUUGAAGAGGUGAAAGAGUUUUUGAUGAACGAACAAAAACAAAGCUUAUCAUCGAGUGAAGUCGCUGAUUUAAUCAAAAAGUUCGAUCCGUCAACUGAAGGAAAAGAGUGUAUCGAACUGGGCGUUGAUGGUCUUCGUGAAAUGUUACUGAGCGACGAAUAUCAACUUAUGAAUCAGGAACAUUGCAGUACUAUCUAUCAGGAUAUGACCAAACCAUUAACGGACUAUUGGAUCAAUACAUCACAUAAUACAUACCUUUGUGCGAAUCAAGUUGUCGGUGACUCAUCAGGCGAAUCAUAUGUUCAAGUAUUGCAGCGGGGCUGUCGAUGUGUUGAAUUGGAUCUCCAUGACGGCCCUGACGGACAUCCUGUUAUUCGACAUGGCUUUACAUUGGUUAAAGAUGCUAGUCUACGCGAAAUUCUCAAUCAAAUAAAACAAUUUGCUUUCUGUGCUUCGCCAUAUCCACUGUUUCUCAAUCUGGAAAAUCACUGUUCAAAUAAACAGCAAAUCAUUGUUGCACGAUUUCUGAUUGAUAUUUUUGGAUCGUCGAUCUACACAGCCGAAGAAGCUAAUGCGAAUACAGCAUGGCCAUCACCUGAAGAACUCAAAGGGCGCAUUAUUCUUCGUGGACGUGUGUCACCUAAGAAUGAUCUAUCAGUCGAUUAUAGCAAUGAAGAUGAAUCUUUCGACCCGGACAUCUCUGCUGUGUGUAAAGAACUAGCCAGUCUUGUCGCUUGUCAAAACACCACAUUCAAAGGUUUUGAAUUUUCGAAAUAUUAUAAGCAUUAUCAAUCAUCAUCAUUAGCUGAAAAGAAAGCUUUAGCUUCUGUCGAACAUCAUGCGCUCGAGUUAAUUCAUUACAACCAACGUUUAAUCACCCGAGUUUAUCCAUCUGCAUAUCGACAAGAUUCAAGUAACGUUGAAGCAGUUUCGCUCUGGAAUACUGGCGUCCAAAUGGUCGCCUUGAAUUUUCAAACAGAUGACAUAUCUAUGUCACUGAAUCAUGCCCGAUUUUCAGAUAACAAGCAAUGCGGAUACGUUCUGAAACCGGCAAUUUUACGAGAUCAAAAUACCACGUUCAGUCCAAAUAGUUGCUUCUCUGCUUAUUUACUUUCACAACGACGUCCACUCAAAUUGGAACUUUGCAUUAUCAGUGCACAACAUUUGCCCAAGCGCAAUCAACGCGACACAACGCCCGUAUCGCCGUCUGUCAAAGUGAAAACCUUCGGUGCUCGUUGUGGUAAGAUCACAAGCAUCUUUUUUCAACCAAUACCUGUUUCUUUCCAAGAUCAUAACGAACAGAAGACAGUCACUGUACACAACAAUGGUUUGAAUCCGAUAUGGAAUCAUCUGAUGCAGUUUUCAAUUGUAAUUCCUGAACUGUGUCUUCUGCGAUUCUCCGUGCGAGAUAGUGAUAAGAACAAUACCGAUCUUUGUCAAUAUUCAAUUCCAUUUCUCUCGAUGCAACCAGGCUACCGACACAUUCGCUUGCUCGAUCGUCAUAAUCGUCCGACAACAGCGACCUUAUUCGUUAAUGUUAAAGUCAUUAAUAUGGAAUCAACUGGUUAA